AGGCAAGGCCAAUCAAUACACACACACAUACACACACACACACGCCACUAAAUCCAUGACUAUCAACUGUCGAUGAGGAUUGUCCAUCUUCUGUGAUUGGAGGUAGUUUUUAAUUAUUGAAUUACAUUUUUGUUUUCUGAUAGAGCCUAAUUUUGCUAAAAGAAAUGGAUCUUCAGAUCUGGCUUGAUGCCCGUAACUUGGGAAACUAAUGUAGAAUAAAAUAUAUUCUUAAACCAAGAUAAUGGCCUUCAUUACAAACAAACAUGCUGCACUGAGGUGACGUGGGAGAGCUGCAGGAGACAUUCUCACCAGAGCCUGGGUCCUGCUACUCAGUGGUGGAUUGAAGCAUUUUGCCUAAAAAAUCUAGGUACUGGGUUUUGUUUACUUUGUUUUUGGAGAUCACAAAUGCAAAAACUAUAAUUUAUAAUGUUAUAUAAAUAAGCUGCAGUAUUUUCUAGCACCCCUAAAACAUUGAAUUGUUUUAAACGUUAAGUGUAUCUUCACAGUAUAGUAGCAAUUACAUUCAUAGGAAAAGGAUUUAAUAGGCAUUUCCUUGCAAAUCUGGAGAUGGGCAACUAUUGAAAUUUUCUUGACAUGUGCUUGAUUUUCAUAUUCUUUGGAAUGUGUUACUUUGCUGAAACCAUUUUCAAAGCCUAGGUCGAUUGAUCCCCUGUAAAAUACACUUGAAGGUUAAGUAACUACAGAUCUCAGCUAAUCCUAUCUAAUCUGCUGUUACUAAAUGGCUGUUUGCAUUCCUGGCACACCAGUUUCUGAAGUUUAGGAUUUGGUUUUUACUUUCUGUUCAAAUAACCUCUACAAGGAGCGAUGCGUCUUUCAGCAUGCCUGUGCAUUGUGCUCAUUAGCUUUUUGGAGGGAGUGAGCUGUUCAUGUCCUUCACAGUGCACCUGCGAUUAUCAUGGCAGAAAUGACGGCACAGGAUCAAGGUCGGUGCUAUGUAAUGACCUGGAUAUGAAUGAGGUCCCUAUGAACUUCCCUGUGGAAACUGUGAAGCUACGUAUAGAGAAGACUGUCAUCCGCAGAAUCCCUGCAGAGGCCUUCUACUACCUGGUGGAGCUCCAGUACCUCUGGGUGACUUACAAUUCCGUGGCCAGCCUUGAUGCCAGCAGCUUUUACAACCUAAAGCAGCUGCAUGAGUUGCGCUUGGAUGGAAAUUCUCUGGCCGCUUUCCCUUGGGCAUCUCUGCUGGACAUGCCCCAGCUGAGGACCCUGGAUUUGCACAACAACAGAAUAACCAGUGUGCCUAACGAGGUGGUCAGGUACCUGAAGAACCUUGUCUACUUGGAUUUAUCAAGCAACAGGCUAACCACACUACCACCAGAUUUCCUGGAGAGCUGGUCCCACUUACUUACAACAUCGUCAAGAAGCCUGGACCUUUCACCACAAAGAAUUAUUCUUGGUCUGCAGGACAACCCUUGGUUCUGUGACUGUCACAUUUCUAAAAUGAUCGAGUUGUCAAAAGUUGCUGACCCUGCUGUAGUGCUUCUUGAUCCACUGAUGAUAUGUAGUGAACCUGAGAGCCUGACAGGGAUUUUAUUUCAGCGGGCUGAGUUGGAACAGUGUUUGAAGCCAUCAGUGAUGACGUCGGCCACCCAGAUCACAUCUGCUCUGGGCAGUAAUGUUCUGCUGCGGUGUGAUGCUACUGGCCAGCCUACUCCACAGCUCACGUGGACCAGAUCUGACAGCUCACCAGUUAAUUAUACAGUAAUUCAGGAAUCUCCAGGAGAAGGAGUCAGAUGGUCCAUAAUAAGUUUGACAGGCAUUUCUUACAAGGAUGCUGGGGAUUACAAAUGUAAGGCCAAAAAUUUGGCUGGGAUGUCAGAAGCUGUGGUUACUGUGACAGUGGUUGGUGUUGUCACAACCACGGUAUUAUCAGACACCUCUCAAAGAACUGGAGAUCACCUUGAGCAAAGAGCCCAGCCAGGAUCUAGAUCUACAUCCAUACCCGGUUCACUGUCAUCUCCUUGGUCCUCUAACUCAUCUUCUUCCCCUGCUUCUUCCAUUUUUCUUUCUACUUCUACUUCCUCUCCUCCCUCCACUGCUUUCUCCUCCUCAUCUCCUUUCCUCUCCUCCAUUGCAUCUUCAAUCACAACUCUAAGCACCAGAAUUUCAACAAAGCCCACCAUGGCCAGCCAGCAGUCAUUCCAGCUCCGCCCAGAUGGGAAAAGAAAUGUAAAGGCGGAGAUAGGUGGAAGUAAGUUUCCUUCAGCUAGUGCAAGUAAAAAUGAAGAGUUGGAGUCAUUGGAUCAAGCAAUGCCAAUGGAGACAAAUACCACAAUAGAAAAUCUCAGAGUAGUCAGUGAGACUGAAGAGAGUGUGACAUUGAUGUGGAACACUGUCAACACUACACGUAAGUCCGAGGUGACUGUGUUGUAUUCCAAGUAUGGCGAGAAGGACCUGCUGCUGCUGAAUGCAGAUUCCAGCAAGGACCAAGUAACCAUAGAUGGCUUGGAGCCUGGCAGGCAGUACAUAGCAUGCGUCUGUCCAAAGGGAGUGCCUCCCCAGAAGGACCAAUGUAUCACUUUUUCUGUUGACAGAGUCGAAGAAGAAGGUGAUUCUCAAGUGUCUUUCCUUAUCGUGGUGAGCGGUACUGCCUGUGUUGUUGUCUUGCCAUUGAUAUUUUUCCUGUUGUACAAAGUUUGUAAAUUGCAAUGUGGGUCAGAAUCCUUCUGGGAAGAUGAUUUGGCAAAAGAGACUUAUAUUCAAUUUGAGACCCUGUCCCCCAGGUCUCAAAGUAUAGGGGAACUUUGGACGCGAAGGCACAGAGAUGAUUCUGAAAAAUUGCUGCUUUGUUCUAGGUCAAGUGUGGAAUCUCAGGUGACCUUUAAAAGUGAAGGUUUGAGACCAGAGUAUUAUUGCUAAGGUUUUACAACUCAGGCACAUGUGAAGUCCAUAAAAUUUCUUCCGCACAAUUAAGGAUCUGAGGAUGUGGUUGACCCUCUGUUUGGAUGACUUUUGGACAGUUUCACAUCCUCUAUGAAACUCACAAAUGGAGUGCUUUUAAUUGUGCUUAAAAAAAAAUACCAUGCGAAGGGCACUUGGCUGGCUGUCAAUAGGGCAUGUAACUCCUGAUCUCAGGGUUGUAAGUUUGAGCCCCAUGUUGGGUGUAGAGAUUACGUAAAAACUACCAUGUGACUUCCGAACUAAAAAGACAAAUAGUCUGGGUUUUUGUUAUGUGGAAGAUGUCCAUAGAAAUAAUGUUUAGGGUACUGCUUAAUAAGUUAAUAGUAUGUUUUAGGAUAGUGCUUAGUUCUUAAAAAUAAAUUCAUGUGAGAAUAGUUGUCAAAAAGUAAAGUCUGAAUUUUAAAAAGAUAGUUUUCCAAGAAGUAAAGAUUAGCAUAACCAGGUAAGCCUUGAUGUUCAUUCAUGCUUGAAGUGCUUUAUGGCAUUUGCUGUGGCUAUUUACUGCCAUUGCCUACUAGGCGAGAGUGGGAAAGUAUAGAAUUUUGCAUUCAUUAAGGUUAAAUGCAACCCAUUGGAGAGGGAGGGUGCUAGCUCUUGGUACCAUUAUGCAUUACAAUACUGUACGGUUGUAUUAAUAUUGCAAGAAAAAACUUCCCUUACCCUUAGAAACAUAGGU